UGAAUCUAUCACUAUGCUUCCUUUGCUGUGGAUUUUCUGCAGAAAGAAAUACGUGCUUCAAGUAUCGUAAUACUAUUUUAAAGUACUUAAAUAAAGUAGCCAACAUGCGAAACGAGGUCCGAGUCGAUUCCAUUCCGAUGGUCGUACGAAUUGUGAGAGCUCAGCUUCAGUCUAAACAUCUAGAGUUAGAAACUGUAACCAAUUUUUUAAACUUCCUGUGUGAAAGCAUAAAGAAACCUAAUCAUCCUGCUGACUUACAUUUAAUAGAGUUUUUCACUGAGCUCGUUACAGAUGUCAACCUACAAUUCUUUGUUAAACCCAAAGCAAAGGAAUUGUUCUUCAAAACUUUGCUUCAAGAAAUGAUGAGCAUGUGUUCAGCAGAUAAUCUUAAUACACGUCUUCUGAAAUGUAUUAAAAGAAUUUGCUCUUUGGGCCAGGAGGAAUUUAUUAAGACUUUACAACAUGUCAAGCCAAAACUCAAGUAUUAA